CACACAUGUGGAUAGAUCGCAGAGGGGGAGCAAUUUUUUUUUUAUAAUCAGACUCUUAAAGGCGCCUGGGUCAAUUCAGUUUCUAACUUUCUCCCAAAUAAAGGGACCCCGGUGGAAGAGCCGCUGGUGGUAUCGUAUGCAAAUACGCAUGCUGACGUCAGAGAUCAUGUGGGUUUUGGCGUAGAUCCCCACUGAUCGAAGGAUUUUUUUUUUAAAUAUUUUAUUUUUUUGCUAGUGUUUGUGCUGUUGGGGGGGGAGGGGGGUUUGCCCAGGCUCCCCAGCCGGCUCCCACGUUCCCCAGCGUGGCGAAAGGCAGAGCCCUUCCACUGGGGGAAAGUUCGUGCCGCCGCCUCCUAAAGCCCUGGGCGCAGUGGAAUGUUCCACCAGAGGAAAAUGGAACAACCAGGCCACCCAGUCAGGCUUCUCUGAUGGUGUGAAAGCUGCACGAGCUGAUACUCUUAUUAAAAAGAGAGCAUCGGAACACUGGAGAGCCCUGUGUGUUGAGCAGCUGCCGGGAAGGUGUAAUGCAGCCCAGUAUGUUUGGGGGUUGGAGCUGACGAUCACAGAUGGCACUUAAACUCUUUUGGAAACAUACCAGCCCAUAAUAUUCAAGGAAAAUCAGAGCCAUUAAAGAGGGCUUCUUGGGGUUUGUUCCCCCAAAAGAGUCACCGUCUGAAACAGUUGCACACCAUAGUAGGUGCUAUGGCUAGCAAAAGAAAGUCAACAACUCCAUGUAUGCUGCGAACACCUGAACUAAUGGAGCAAGCUGUUCCUGAGGAUGGAGAAGCCUUAAAAGAAAGAGGUGCUGGCACUCCCCAGCAGGAUUCUAAAGAUGGCUGGGCUGCUGAUACAGAAAGCUCUGUAAAAGAAUGUGAAGUGGUGGAUGGGAAAGCCCCAGUUGAGAAUCAAUCCAAGAAACCCCAAGGUGGUUAUGAAUGUAAAUACUGUCCUUUUUCAACACAAAACCUAAAUGAAUUUACGGAGCAUGUUGAUACACAGCACCCAAACGUAAUCCUCAACCCUCUCUAUGUGUGUGCUGAAUGUAACUUUACAACCAAAAAAUAUGAUUCCUUAUCUGAUCACAACACAAAAUAUCACCUGGGAGAGAAUAAUUUUAAGCUGAAGUUAAUCAAACGCAAUAAUCAGACUGUGUUAGAGCAGUCCAUUGAGACAACGAAUAAUGUUGUCACUGUCACAAACAGUGGAUUAGAAAAUGCAGAGUAUGAUGAAGCCCUUCAUGGUGAGAUCAAUGUAAGUAAAACCCCAAUCAUGAAACAGGGAAAGCCUAAAGUGGAGACCAAGAAGGGUCCCAAAAAGACAGAAGAGGGAGGUAUGGAAAACCACGUGGAUGGGACCCUCCCCCAUGUCAUUACAGAAACCACUGAAUCUAUUGCUUGUAUCAAUGGAUCUGACCUUCUUCAUGAUGUAUUGGCUCAUGUUAUGCCCUCUGUACAGCUGCCACCAAAUAUCAACCUUGUCCCCAAGGUCCCAGUCCCUCUGAACAGUACCAAAUACAACUGUGCACUGGACACUAAUGCAACCAUGAUCAACUCAUUUAAUAAAUUUCCUUACCCAACACAAGCAGAGCUGUCAUGGUUGACAGCAGCAUCAAAACACCCAGAGGAGCAAAUCCGAAUCUGGUUUGCUACUCAGCGUUUGAAGCAUGGAAUCAGUUGGUCUCCAGAAGAGGUAGAAGAGGCAAGAAAGAAGAUGUUUAAUGGAACCAUCCAGUCAGUACCCCAAACCAUCACUGUCCUGCCAGCUCAUCUGACAUCUGCAAAAAUGCCACAGCCAAUUAUCCAAACAGCUUUGCCUUGCCAGAUACUCGGCCAGACUGGCCUGGUUUUGACUCAAGUAUCAAAUGGAUCAACAGUUUCUUGCUCACCGAUUACACUUGCUGUUGCUGCUAAUCACGGACAGAAACGGACAAUACAGACCUUGUCGGGUGCCCCAGAAGUCAAGCGUCCACAUGUAGUUCAUGUGCCUGAGAUCUCACCCAAGCUGAAUGCUGCGCCAUUGACACCAACAAAUGACCGAAAAAAGACCAAGGAACAGAUAGCAGAACUAAAGGCUAGUUUUAUCACAAGCCAAUUUCCUGACGAUGCAGAAGUCUACAGGCUAAUAGAAGUAACCGGUCUCUCCAGAAGCGAGAUCAAGAAGUGGUUCAGUGAUCACAGAUACAGAAGUCAAAGGGGCAUUGUUCACAUCACUAGUGAAUCUAUAGCAAAAGAUCAGUUAGCCAUUGCAGCUGCCCGGCACGGGCGUACAUACCACACAUACGCAGAUUUCACACCCCAGAGGUUCAAAGAGAAAACACAAGAGCAGCUUAGGAUUCUCGAAGAAAGUUUUCUUAGAAGCUCUUUUCCAACCCAAGGAGAAUUGGACAGGCUUAGGGUGGAAACCAAGCUGAGUAGAAGAGAGGUUGAUUCCUGGUUCUCUGAGAGGAGAAAGCUAAGGGAUAGCAUGGAACAAGCUGUCUUGGACUCUAUGGGAUCCAACAAAAAAAAUAAGGAUCAGGGACUCCAUAAUGGUACAAUAAGCCAGACUGAGCUGCUGAAUAGCUCCCAGCUACCCAGUUCUUUGUCCGGAUCCGAAUCCUCCACAGCAUUUAACAAAAAAAACCAAGAGCAGAUUCACUUGCUGAAGAGCACAUUUGCAAGAACCCAGUGGCCAUCACCCCAGGAGUAUGACCAGUUAGCAGCUCAAACUGGGCUCACUAGAACUGAAAUAGUCCGCUGGUUCAAAGAGAAUAGAUCCUCCCUAAGAACUGGGACAUUAAAAUGGAUUGACCGAUACCAGCAACAGUAUCUUGUGGAGGGUCAUAAUGAGCAAAACCAGAAAAAGGGAUUAAAACAAAAUGAGAGUCCAAAGAACAGUAACCAGGUGUCUCGGCAGCAUUACCAGGAGCACAAAAAGCUGAACGAAGAGAACGUGGGCAAACUAGUCAUGAGAUCAACAGAAGACGAUGAUCCACCAAAAGACUCUUUAUUAGGGAAUCAAACUGAGGACAGAUUGGAAUGCAACAGCCAAGACGGCCACGGUAGUGAGGAAAAUGAGGACGCUGGAGAUGUGAACUGGGUGGAGGUGACAGUAGGGGAUGAUGAUGCUGUCUCGGACUGUACAGACAGCUGGAGUCAAACUGCACCUGAAGGCCAAGCUGAGUUAGCAGAUUUUGAUUCUGAAAGUGUAUCUGGAGACAAUUCCCAUAUUUAGACAGGGAUGCCAAUCAGUUGUGCUGUCGUGAUAAUCAAGGGGGAAAACUCUCUCUGAAAACAGGAUAACCAUCUAUUUUCCUACUUGGGACAAGAUAACCAAUGAGUUGCAACUCUGAGUCGAACCAUGCUUGCAGAGGCACAGUGAGAAAUAUCGUGGAGCAUUGAUACGGAAUUGUUCAUAGUGCCAAAGUCCUACUACCGCAUUAAAGAAGAAAGGAUCCUUGUACAUAGGUUUCUCCCUAGCUUCCCUUCCUCUCACCCUCUUCCUCUACUGGAACUGAUUUGUACAAAGUGGGAAUUUUGUUACCUUUUUAAUUGGUGCAAGUUACUUUUUCGGAUCAUCCCGUUGCAAGGUUUGAGGGUUUUUUGUUUUUAGAAUUAGUAACCACUAUAUCUGCUUCAGUUUUAAAAUAUUAAAAUUUUGGAAUCUUUUCAAUGUGGUGCAUCAGUAGCUGAUCCUGGAUUUUCACCCCAAUGAUGGUUUACAUUUCAGCCCGCCGAAUGCAUCAAGAGGUUUGUGGUGUUGUUGCUUGUUCAGCUUUCUUUAAAAAACAAACAAACAAAAAAACUACCUGCUGUUGGCUAAAUUAUUUAACUCUGCACAUUUCUGUGCAAUGGAGGGGCAAAUCUCCUUUCCAACUGCUGUAUCUCGCCCUUGCCCAACCAUCAAAUACCAGCUAGAGCCACAGACCUCUGAAGACCUUAAUAGCAUGCCUCUGUCUUAUUUGAGCACCUUUUUUUCUCUUUUUUACAUGCAUUACAACCCCAAAAAGGAGUGACAAUGGGGAAAUGAAGAUUCUUCAUAAAUGAACUUGUUCAUAUUUCUUUAGUCGGUACAAAGAUGGACUAUAUUUUUUGUCUGCCCUUCAGCUUUAGAUGUUGUAGUGCACAACAUACAUUUCCUUUAACCCUUGCCACUAAAUUGUUAGAUCAGUUCUAGAUCCCGGAGUGCACUUUUUUCAAAUAACCCUAACCUUUUUAUUUUAGAGUGAGCCAGCACGCAUGAGAGAUAUCUGGUUAAAAUGUUGCAAUCUGACUAGCUGUCUUUUGGAGACUUACCCAUAUUUCAGUACACUGCACAAAUAUAAUUCUAGGGAAUUUGAAUAAAAUCAACUUUUCUAACUUGUUGCUCAUUUGUUGUAACUCAAUAAAACAAAGACUGAACAUUU